AAGCAUGGAUCUCACCAAUACAGCCUUCCUCUUCUCCUUUCUCGUCCUCCUCGUAUCGCUCCUGCUUCUCAAGAAGAACAGGUCCAGUCGAGGAGCUCGUGCCACACUGCCUCCCGGUCCAUCUAAGCUCCCUAUCAUAGGCAGCUUACACCAUCUCUUCAAUGCCCUGCCGCAUCAUUCCCUCACUGCCUUAUCUAAGAAAUUUGGCCCCGUCAUACUCCUGAAGCUUGGUGAGCUCCCCACCCUCGUUGUCUCAUCUGUCGAAGCGGCUGCUGAGAUCAUGAAAACCCACGACAUCAGCUUCGCCUCUCGGCCCACCAACCUGACUCUCCAGACCGCCACAUACGGUGACAGGGGCGUCGGCUUUACCUCGUAUGGAUUCCACUGGAGGGAGCUGCGCAAGAUGAGCAUCGUGGAGCUAUUGAGUGCCAAGCGAGUCCAAUCUUUUCGCUUUAUCCGGGAAGAGGAGGUGCUUAAUCUUGUGCGGUCGAUAGUCCUGUUGUCCAACGCUGGUUCCACCGUGAACCUCAGUAGGAAAUUUGCGCUGUUGGCUAAUGACAUAGCCGCACGGUCCAUCAUCGGGAGCAAGUGCAAGUACCAGAAAGAUUUCCUACGGAUAGUGACGCAAACGCUGGAAGCUGCCGGAGGCUUCAGUUUGGCGGACUUAUUCCCGUCAUGGCCGAUAAUUAAACUUCUCAGUGGCGCAACUUCCAAGAUGCAGAGGUUCCACAGUGAAAUGGACGCGAUCCUGAAUAGCAUUAUUCAGGAGCACAAAGAGAGGAAGUCCCAGGAGCAACCGGAGGAGGAGGAAGACUUGGUCGAUGUGAUGCUGAGAGUUCAAGCUGAAGGUCGCCUGUCAUUCCCGUUCGCAGACGAGUACAUGAAAGCUAUUAUGCUGGAUAUGCUCGGUGGGGGUAGCGAGACCUCCGCAACAAUACUGGAGUGGGCCAUGUCGGAGCUGAUGAGGAAUCCAAGAGUGAUGCGGAGGGUGCAAGAGGAGGUGAGAGAGACUGUCGGAGGAAAGGGAAAGGUGACGGAGAACGACAUCAACGGAAUGAACUACUUGAGACUGGUCAUCAAGGAGACUCUGAGGCUGCACCCUCCUGUUCCUCUGCUGCUCCCCCGAGAGUGCCGGGAGGCGUGCGAGGUUCUUGGUUAUCAGAUACCAGAGAAGACGAGAGUCUUCGUGAACGUUUGGGCCUUGGGAAGGGAUCCUCGAUACUGGGACAAUGCCACUGAGUUUGAGCCAGAGAGAUUCGAGAGUAGGAAUUCCAUGAUCGACUUCAAGGGAACCAACUUCGAGUUCUUACCUUUCGGGGCAGGCAGAAGGAUGUGCCCCGGGAUGUCAUUUGGUUUGGCGAGCAUAGAGCUUUCCUUGGCUUGCGUUCUCUACAAUUUUGAUUGGGAGAUCCCAACGGGAGAUGAUGGGAAGCCUCACGAGUUGGACAUGAGCGAGACCUUCUUGCUUACGUGCCGGAGGAGGUCAGACCUCUGCCUGCGUGCCAUCCCUCGCAUUCCUAUCUCCGUGACCUGACCUUUAUCCAAAAACAAACACUCGUAGUCGUUUCUUGUCCUUUUCAUACAUGCACUUCAACUCAGGAGUCUUCAUCGGUGUCGUCGUCGUCGUUAUUGUCAUCGUCGUAGUAGCAUCGUUACAGAUAUGUGUUGCACUUCAUAUAAACAGUGUUGAUAGGUAUGAGAGGCUCUUUCAUGUAAAAGCCUCUUAUGGGCAAUUUAAUAUAAUGAAAUAAUAUUAAAUUAAAUAAAAA